ACCGCCGGCGGCGGCGCGAGGUGGGCCCGGCCCGGCGCUGCCCUCGACAGCGGCAAGUUUGGGAGUUGCACUAGUUUGCGGGGUGGGGGAGAGGCCGGGCGGGGCGCCAUGGAGGAGGACCGGGGGUCGUCGCUGGCGGCCGAGUCGGCGCUGGAGAAGAACGUGGCGGAGCUGACCGUCAUGGACGUGUACGACAUCGCGUCGCUCGUGGGCCACGAGUUCGAGCGGGUCAUCGACCAGCACGGCUGCGAGGCCAUCGCGCGCCUCAUGCCCAAGGUCGUGCGUGUCCUGGAGAUCCUGGAGGUGCUGGUCAGCCGCCACCACGUCGCGCCUGAGCUGGACGAGCUGCGCCUGGAGCUGGACCGCCUGCGUCUGGAAAGGAUGGACCGCAUCGAGAAGGAGCGCAAGCACCAGAAGGAGUUGGAGCUGGUGGAGGACGUGUGGCGGGGGGAGGCGCAGGACCUCCUUUCUCAGAUCGCCCAGCUGCAGGAGGAGAACAAGCAGCUCAUGACCAACCUCUCGCACAAAGAUACCAGCUUCUCUGAGGAGGAGUUCCAGAAGCACGAAGGAGUCAGGUGGGGAGGCACCAGGACAGCAGGUCUAGCUAGUGAGAAGGUGAACAAUGAACAGGUGGCCGCUGGCUUUCGUCUCCAAAGGGACACCGACUGCACAAACACGGAGCCGGGCGGGGAGGAGUGUGCCUCGGAGGCGGAGAAGGUGGCCAUGGAUCUCAAGGACCCCAACCGCCCCCGGUUCACGCUGCAGGAGCUGCGGGAUGUACUACACGAGAGGAACGAACUCAAGUCCAAAGUGUUUCUGUUGCAGGAGGAGCUGACGUACUACAAGAGUGAAGAAAUAGAAGAGGAAAAUCGAAUACCCCAACCUCCACCGGUCGUCCACCCGAGAAUGUCCCCCCAGCCGGAGUCUGGGAUCAAGCGACUGUUUAGCUUCUUCUCCCGAGACAAGAAGCGUCUGGCCAACACGCAGAGGAACGUGCACAUCCAGGAGUCCUUUGGCCAGUGGGCCAACUCCCACCGUGAUGACGGUUACACAGAGCAAGGACAGGAAGCCCUGCAGCACCUGUGACCACAGCCCCCCUCUGCCCUCGGACCGGAACUGUCCCCCGCCAGCACCUGCAGCGGAACCUGGCAGCCCCAGGUGUCACGACCUUGCACACCUCUGGGUUCAGAUGCACCCUCAGAACUGAUCCCUCAAAACAGACUGUCUGCUUUGAGGAAAGCACACCGAAAAACUGAUGCCAAACUCUAAAGACAUGUUUAUUUAUACCCAGGGCUAUCACCGUUUAUAAUAGAUGACUGAUCCCUUAGGAUAUAUAUUUAAUAAUACCAUGAGCAGAGGCCAGACUUUUGCAUUAACUUCAGUAACACAAGCUUCUUUAAGCCAAAUACAUCACAUGCCACUAUAAUUGCUGUUUGACUUGCUUUGUAUGAAAUUCUGUGUGUAGAGGUUCUAUUAACACAUUUGUCAUACUUAAGUGGGAGGCAGGGAAGUGGUAGAUUUUCAGUAGAUCAUUCAUGAAAUUGUCAUGGUGGUAGCGUAAUAUAUAAGAUGCAUCCGUUAGAUAAGCGGGGCCUCCGAAGUCGCCAGACAAGCUGGCCCCGAUUAGAUGCGAAGCAACAGAAAAUAUGGAUGACAGUCCAGCGCAGAAACUGGAGAUGACUUGCAAGAGCCGGUGGUUCUAUUUUGCAUCUUGUUACUGAUACUGCCUGGAGCAUGUAGCGAGCGAGUGCCUUGGAAUCAGCUGUGAGUUCUGCAGUACGAACCAGAGUUGCUAAGGAUAAGACAUUGCAACCUUUCCCAUUUGUAAUUUUUUCCCCUUGGCUUCUUUCUUCCUUUUAGCCUUCCAUAUAUCAAACACUUAGUCCCCUAUUAAGACAAGUGUACCAGAGCGGAUUUGGAAUGGGGUGGGGGAGCCUAGGGGAUGCAGGACUGGGGAGGAGGCCGGGAGGCUCGCCAGUGCGAGGGCAGUGGGUGAAGAGAUUGCUUGGGGACCGCAUGUCGGGCUGACUCAUGGGGCUGUGGUGGCAGACAGAGAGCCAGAAGCCUGCAUCUGGUGAGCUGGGGUUUUGCCGAAACAGCACCGUCUCUCUACCCACAGAGAACCCAGGGCACAGGCUGGGUGCUGACAGAUUGAGAGAGGUAGCAUUUGCUAACAACACUCAAGUACGUCUGACAGGUCCACUAUCUACACAUUGCUAAGAAACCAUCAGGUUGGUUUAGAGUCGACGGGGACUCUGUUUCCAGACUGCUGAAAAUAACGAUCAGACAGGAUAAUGUUGCUUUUGCACAGUGGUUCUCAAACCUGACUGCCCACGAGAAUUAUCAGUUGAUUCUGAGAGUAUAAAAGCAGGUGUAUGAAGGAACCCCCCCUCCCCCUGGCCAACUUUAGUUGCCCUUUCCCCAGGAGUAACCAGUGUUGCCAGUUUCUUGAGUGUCUUUUUUGAAAGAGCUUAUAAAUAUACAUGCAGUUAUGUAACAAAAUGUAUUUUUUCCUUUUUUUUUAAACAUAAAUGGCAGCAUACUAUA